AUGUUUUCAAAAUACGCUAUCAUUAACCAAAGAGAUGGGAACCUCUGCAUGAUGUUCAGAGUAGGUAACACGAGGAAAUCGCGAAUAAUAGCUUCAAAUAUCAAUGCUUAUCUGAUAAAAUAUGUAGCUGAUGGCAUUGACCUACUAAAUUACCAUCAGAUAAAGUUGGACCUAAAAGUCGACGCAUCCGAUGACGUAUUGUUCAUAUUUCCCCUAACUGCCGUACAUAAAAUAGACCAACGAAGUCCAUUCUUCAACGUUUCAGCUAAGGAUUUACUUAAAUGUAAUGUAGAAAUACUUGUCGUGUUUGAAGGAACAAUUGAGUCAACGGGCCAACCGGUUCAAACUAAAUCAAGUUACAUUAGCAAUGAAAUACUUUGGGGAAGACGGUAUUUGGAGCCUUAUUAUUACAAAAAAAGUAAACACGGAUUUGUGAUAGAUUUUUCAAAAUUUGACGAAACAUAUCGCGUCAAUACUCCGCUAUGCACCGCUAAGGAACUUUUUACUUAUUAUAAAAAUAGGUCGUUGAGAAGACUUCAUUAA